UGUGCUCUCACUUUUCCCUCUCUAGGGUUUUGGAAGAGGUUUCGCCAUUUCCCACUCCUAAAUCCAAGUGGCUGAACUGAACCAGUUUCAGGUAGACGAAGCAAUUUCAGAAUUAUAAUGGCGUUUUCUCUGUUCUCAACUCCGCAAUCACAGCAGCCGCAGCAGUUAUUUCAAUCGCAGCCUCAAUCACAACCACAACUUUUUCAGCAGAGCAGCUCAUUGUUCUCCCAGCAGCCGCAACAAUUUCAACUGCAGCAGCAACAACAACAACUGCAGCAGCAGCAGCAACAACAACAACAGCAGCAGCAACAGCAGUUAAUGCAGCAGCAACAGCAACAGCAGCAGUUGUUCAUUUUUACAAACGAUAAGGCUCCUGCAAGUUAUGGUACUAAGUGGGCUGAUCUCCAUCCUGACUCGCAGAAAAUUCUCCUUCAGAUCGAGGAACGAAUUUUGGAGUAUCGGGAUGAGAGCCAGAGACUGGAUCAGUGUAGUCGCCUCUACGAUUCUUCAGUUUCUAACGAUGGGUUUGAGCUCGAUGCUAGUCGAAUUGUUCAGGAACUUGGGGGAAUUAGUACGUCUACAGAACAUCAAAAAGUGCUGCUUCAAGAGCUGAUGACUUCUGUGAAAGGGAUGCUUUGGAAUACAGAAGUUGCCAUUCGUUCUUUCAUGAUGAUACGCCCAAGGUUCCUUCAUCAGAGUACUGGAGGUGCUACAAAUCCUGCUGCGCCUACACAGGUUCCUGGAGUAACAUCGCCACUAGGUUCCAGCGUUCAACCAACAUCCACCUCAAUCGUGCCAGUUUUUGAUUUCUACAGUGGUCUCCCAAAAAAACCUUCUCCAUUUUUGCAGCAAACUGUUUCAAGAUUUGAGAAGUAUCUUGGUGAGUGCCGCCAGUGGAUUGAAGAGUUAGAGCAACUCCUUGUCCAAGAGUCUAAUCGGAGUGCUUCCAAUUCUGGCUCCUCAUUGUUUCAUUCGCUUCCUAAAAUCAUGUCAAAUGUGCAUGAAUUCUUCAUUCACGUAGCUGCUAAGGUUGAGAGUAUUCAUCAGUACAUUGACUCAAUGAAGGCAGCUUAUCUUGCUGAUCAGCGUCGCAGAGGGGAUGUAAAUAAUCCAUUUCUUGAGGCUGAUCGAAGGGAAACUGCACGCCAAGAAGCAGUAGCUAAGAGGGCACAUCCGACUUUACAUUUGCCUGCAAAUUCACAACCAUCAACUCAAGCUACUGGAGUACUUGCCAGCUCAGGUAAUCAUGGUGCAUCAACAGCCCCACAAUCGUCUACAGUAGCCACACCAGCUUCUUCCGCAGGUGGAUUGUCCCUUUUCAGUACACCCUCUGCUCCAGCUACUGCAUCAUCUUCUCUGUUCAUGACACCAACAGCGUCUGUUCAAACAUCCUCUCUGUUUAGUUCAUCUGGUGCAGCAGCUCCCACAUCACUUUUUGGCUCGUCCUCUGCACCAUUGUUUAGUUCUGCCAAUACUCCCUUUGGCAGCACCGCUCCAUCUUUUGGGCAAUCUGCUUCUGCAGGAGGUUCAUUAUUUUCGACACCCUUUGCUUCUGGUGCUGCAACAGGAUCUGGGGCUAGCUUUGGGGCAACUUCGAAAUCGUCAAAGCCAAAGUCCCGAACUGCUCGGCGCUACUAGUCAUAAAUGACCAUGUAAGAUUAUUAUUACCAGCUACAAGUAACAACUGAUGGAAAAACAGCCAAGGAUUACGAGACAUAUCUGGCAUAUCUUCGAGGAAAGGCCAAUUUCUUAGUCAUUGACAGUUCUAUAUCAGAUUAUUCUACAUGCAGUAAAAAUCCUUAAGGUAUCUGACGCUUUCUUGCGAAGGUGAAGGAAAUUGGAACGUUUUCUCAAAACAACCCUGCUGCUUUGGCUGAUUGUUUUAUGAAAGAUAAACAUCCUGCUACGGUUCAUGUUUUCUGAAAGAGAGCGGUGAGGCGAUAUGAGAAUUCUGUAACUCUGUAGAAUACAACAUAGGUAUGAUGGACGUCUUAUGAAAACUCGAUGUUUUUCUGGCGAUGCGAUUAGUUAGGGGGGAACAGUAUUAAUCUUGUCAUUGUUGGUGGCCUGCUGUACAAAAAAUUCGACUUGCGGUUGCAGGAAACAGCUCGAGUGUUUAUCAGAUAUUCUUCUUGGACCAGUGGCUGCAUCUCUGAGCCGCCAUCAGGACUGGCAAGUUUACCUUUGAAUGAAAGGGUAUAUAUAACGUCUCUACAGCAUGUUUAAAAUUGUUCACUUGAAUUAUUCUCAUCUGCAUUCUUCUCUGAAGGGAUUUGACUGAAAAAUUGUGUACCGAAUUUUUGGUGAUUUUCCAAUUCUUAACCUUUUUUCUUUAAAUUGAUGUCAUGUCUCCAUUGUAAUGACAUUUUGCAAUUUCAUUGUGUAAUGAAUUUUUGUUGGGUUUUCCUCCCUUCUUUAACUAA